GUGUGUACGUACACGCCUUCGGGGGCCGAGUGACACUGCAGUGGGCUUCUCCUUAGCCUCGGCCUUCCGGCUGCUCAGCCCCCAACCUGCCGCACCGCUUUUGGAAAGCAGCUUGGUGGCUCUUCGUCUUCCCGAGCCUUCCUCUCCAUCCUUUCAUCCACCCCUGGCCAACCUUACUUUUUCUUUUACCCACCCGGCCGCAGCAGACCGUCCCUCAACCGGUGCAGACACCCAAGCCGUCUCCAAUUCUUCCCUAAGCCAGUAUUUCCCCACCUCUCUCUGGAGCCCCAUCCACGAGCCAGUCCAAGGCUCGCUCAUCCUUGGAAAUUGUUUUGUUGGGCUGCUGUUCCGAGGCGUGUAAAGCUCGAGGGCUUUAUUAUUAUUUUGAUUCUUUUCAUUUCUUCCCCUUCUGGGCAACGGAGCAAUGAAAUUUCCAAUCGAGACGCCAAGAAAGCAGGUGAACUGGGAUCCUAAAGUGGCCGUUCCUGCAGCAGCCCCGCCGGUGUGUCAGCCCAAGAGCACCACUAACGGGCACCAACCCCACCCGGCUCCUCGCCUCUCCAUUUCCUCCCGCGCCACGGUGGUAGCCAGAAUGGAAGGCGCCUCCCAGGGGGGCCUGCAGACCGUCAUGAAGUGGAAAACCGUGGUUGCUAUCUUUGUGGUCGUGGUGGUCUACCUCGUCACGGGAGGUCUCGUCUUCCGGGCACUGGAGCAGCCCUUUGAGAGCAGCCAGAAGAACACCAUCGCCCUGGAGAAGGCGGAAUUCCUGCGGGAUCACAUCUGCGUGAGUCCCCAGGAGCUGGAGACGUUGAUCCAGCACGCCCUUGAUGCUGACAAUGCCGGAGUCAGUCCCAUAGGAAACUCCUCCAACAGCAACAGUCACUGGGACCUGGGAAGUGCCUUUUUCUUUGCUGGAACUGUCAUCACCACCAUAGGGUAUGGGAAUAUUGCUCCAAGCACUGAAGGAGGCAAAAUCUUUUGUAUUUUAUAUGCCAUCUUUGGGAUUCCACUCUUUGGUUUCUUAUUGGCUGGAAUUGGAGACCAACUUGGAACCAUCUUUGGGAAAAGCAUUGCAAGAGUGGAGAAGGUCUUUCGAAAAAAGCAAGUGAGUCAGACCAAGAUCCGGGUCAUCUCAACCAUCCUGUUCAUCUUGGCUGGCUGUGUUGUGUUUGUGACGAUCCCUGCUGUCAUUUUUAAAUAUAUCGAGGGAUGGACGGCCUUGGAAUCCAUUUAUUUUGUGGUGGUCACUCUGACCACGGUGGGAUUUGGUGAUUUUGUGGCAGGGGGAAACGCUGGCAUCAAUUACCGGGAGUGGUAUAAGCCCCUAGUGUGGUUUUGGAUCCUGGUCGGCCUUGCCUACUUUGCAGCUGUCCUCAGUAUGAUCGGAGACUGGCUGCGGGUUCUAUCCAAAAAGACAAAAGAAGAGGUCGGUGAGAUCAAGGCCCACGCAGCCGAGUGGAAGGCCAAUGUGACGGCCGAGUUCCGGGAGACCAGGCGGCGCCUCAGCGUGGAGAUCCACGACAAGCUGCAGCGGGCAGCCACCAUCCGCAGCAUGGAGCGCCGGCGCCUGGGCCUGGACCAGCGGGCCCACUCGCUGGACAUGCUGUCUCCAGAAAAACGCUCCGUCUUCGCCGCCCUGGACAGCGGCCGCUUCAAGGCCUCGUCCCAGGAGAGCAUCAACAACCGGCCCAACAACCUGCGCCUUAAGGGGUCGGAGCAGCUCAAUAAGCACGGACAAGGGGCCUCUGAGGACAACAUCAUCAACAAGUUCGGGUCCACGUCCAAACUCACCAAGAGGAAAAACAAAGACCUCAAAAAGACCUUGCCUGAGGAUGUUCAGAAAAUCUACAAGACCUUCCGGAAUUACUCUCUGGAUGAAGAGAAGAAGGAGGAGGAGACAGAAAAGAUGUGUAACUCAGACAACUCCAGCACAGCCAUGCUGACCGAGUGCAUCCAGCCUCAGGCUGAGCUGGAGAACGGAAUGGUACCCACAGACACCAAAGACAGGGAGCUUGAGAACAACUCGCUACUUGAAGACAGAAACUAAACGUCAAAGAUGUUGGACUUGGACUAAGCAUUGUGUGGUCUUUUCUUUUUUUUAAAUAUAUAUAUAUAUAUAUAUUCACACUGAGACACGUGCCUUAAACAGACUUCUUGUUAGUCCAAAAUUACAUAGCAUUGAAGAAUAUAUUUCACUGUGCCAUAAACGACUGAAAGCUUGCUCUGCCAAAAUGAGUCAAAGAACAAGAGGUUCAUUUCAGAUAGCAGCCGCAGGACACACCGGGGGCGUGCGCUCCUGCACACAGCAAGCAGGUGCACGUGGCAGGUUCCACCAUAGGUGGGAAGGUGGAUGCAGUACCACCGUGCAGCGCUGCCCUGGCACAACACUAGACAAGGGCAGCUGUUCCUUAGGCCAGCCUCCGACAGGAGCAGUUGUGUCUUUUAGGUUUCCUCAACUUACCAUCCGUGAUAUGUCACACGGUGGUGGGGGGCGCUGUUCGCUGGUGAGCUGGGAACUAACUGCAACUAGGUUUAGAGUUGACGUUUUGGCAUGUGCUCUGAGCUUGAAUUUUGAUACAAACCAUUCCGUGCGUAAUACCUACUCUUUCUGAGCUCCAAAUGAAUGUCCGUGGGACCCGAGAGCACCUGGAAUUUGUUGGAAGUGGAUCAGAGCACACGUAUUAAAAGGUGCAAUUGCUUUUUCUCAUUACAAAAGAAAAAAAAAAAAAAACAACCACAAACCCAUCACACUGUGGAGAUCACCUUAUCCGCUGACAGAAGCCCACUGAGUAGUGUCCUUCUCACAGGGGCGGGUCGCCCGAGUGCACCUGGCUGCAUUGGUGGAGACUCAGUCUCAACCACUGCAUGGUUUACCAGCGAAUCGUGCGCUUUCCUCGGUGGGUGUGAUGGUGAAAAUGAACUGAUUUUGAGACGUCGACGUUCACUUUUCUAUGGGGACUUCAGUGAUAACUCGUUUUGAUAAGAGGGGGGAAAAUACCAAAACUAUUGCCUUGCAUGAUGCCAGUGGCUUGCUGUUCUGUCUAGCUGAUUCUCAAUUUUUAUAAAAAUAGACAUCCUGCAUUUCUGAGACGUACCGAAGAGGACCAUGGCAUCUUUCCAUCUCAGGGCUUCUUGUCCCUUUGGGUGUCUUAGGGUAGACAUAGUCUUGAGACCCAAUCUUGCUACUUCCAAACACAAGGAAAAAUGAUCCCUCAACCACCCCCUGCAUAGUAAGAUUGAAAUGUUUUAAUUGCUUGCAGUUAAGUGCCAUUAAUGUCAUUUAAAAAGUAAUACUUAAAGGAAACAUUUAAAGUAUUUUGUUCAUUUUUAUGUUUGGCUGUUCCUUUGUUCUGGAAGCCUGGCUUCUUUUCUCUUUGCUUGUUUCUUUAUCUCAUGUCUGUUUUUUUCACUAAAAUGGCAACGCUCUACUGAUCGUUUCAAGGCAAACUAUGACCAACGUGUGAAAAGUAACGAUUGUUCCCCAGGCUAGAACUUUCAGCCAAGCAAAGUGGAGAAAUGGCUAGUCACAGGUUUUGAGAGGAUGAUCUUAAAUAGAUUUUUUUUUUAAUCAGAAAGGGAAAAAUAUACAUGAGGUCAUUAUUCUGCGUGUGCCUCAGUCUGUGUCGUAAUUGGCUGGCUGUCCUACUGGUUCAAGUUAGUCGUUUGGGCCACACGUGGGCCUGGAAAACUUCAGGAAGUUGCUGGUCGUGAGCCUUCCAGGCACAGUGACACCCUUGGGGGUUUUUUAAUGGGAUUUUAUAUAACUACUCCACAAAGUGGACUUUCCAAAUGAUCACUCGACACAAAUGGAGACGUACAGAAACCGUCUAGCACUUCCGACUUUCAGGGGAAAAUCAUGCCCAGGGCAGUCUUGACUGUCGGUACCACUGAAGAUCCAUCCCUGCCUCUUUCCCACACGUGCACGGCUCUCCCUGCCUGCAGCACACACAGUCCCCCUGGCCCAGCCCCAAACCUUUAGGCUCUAGUUAAAGUUCUGGCAUUGCUUUUGAGAAAGAGCCAAAUAAGGAUCAUCGAUGGGGAGACCUUUACUGUUCUCAUGGUACUGAGCAGAUGCUCAGGGAUCCGUGUGUGUGCAGGUGUGGAUGUGGUUUUUACCAUGGGACUCAGUCCAGCCAGGCCCAGUGUGCUAUAAGGAGUUGGCAGAUAACUGGAACUUCCUUAUUCUGACAAGUUUAUGUUUCCCAAUCAACCUACCCAUGGAUCUCAUUUAUUUGGGUUUCUACCCCAUAGUACCUCGGUACCUCUUUGUGUGUUAAAAUUUCAGGCCCUACAGCCAGAUCUGGCAAAGAGGCUCCCCCCUGUCAUUUAUCCCGUGUCUUCUGUGGGCCAGAUACUGAAUCAGGCACUUUAUGGAUGUUAGCUUACUGAAACUUCACUACACCACACAUGAAGUAUUUGCAAACCAUUAUACAUGAGGACAUGGAGGCUCAGGAAAGCUAAGUAACUUACCCAAGGGCACACAGCAAGAAGGCAGUAGAGCUGGUAUUCAAAAGUAUGACCAAAGUCUGCUUUCAACUUUGCUACAAUGUCUUUUGUGCACUCUUGUGAGUAUGUGUGUGUGUUGUGUGUGUGUGUUUGUGUAUACAUGUAUUCUUCAAGUCUCAUGAACACAGUUUACAGAGAUGAGGGGAAGAGGUGGAAUAAUCUUUACCCCUGAGAGGGCAUGAGGUCUUUGUGUUUUACACAAAAGGCCUAAAGGGUUGCCCUUGAAGACACCUACUGUGCGCUGUUAUGGUUUGGUUUUGAAAAUACUGUAUAUGGCACUUUUUCUGUACUGUCACAGAUGCCCUUUGAAGGUACUCUUUGCACUUUAUUUGCCUACUUUGCAGGAACCCCGCAUACAGCAGGAAUAAAACAGUUCAAAGCACCAAGCUGCAUGCUCUACCAAAUGGAACAGGUGCGUGUGUUGGCAUGUGCAUAGAUGCUUCCCCAAAGAGUCCAAUCUCAGCAACACAGAAAAUCAAAAAUUGCCUUGAGUUGGGAGCCUGGGAACCUUUGAUAGAACCCCUUCCCUGUGUACGAUGGGUACCAGGCCCUGCCAAAUCACCCCAGAGACCACCUCUGUGGAGAUUGAUCCAUUAACUUCCCAUGGGCAUGUUUGGAAAACUCUGUUCUCAAAGGAGCAGGUCAGAGGGAAUAAGAGGUUGGAUUCCUCCCAUUAAGAUUUGAGGAGUCAGUGAUCUAGAAGUUACUUGAAUGUUACCUUUCUUGAGAUGGGGCUGGAUAGCCCACGGAGCACACGCCAUAGUGCAAACCUGCCACAUGUUCUGUACGGUGCAUUGGCACCAUGGGCCCUUCAGUCUGCACCCCUGCCCCACCACAAACCCCUAAUCAACACCUUCACCUUGUACAAGGGAAGAGCAUGUUUGGCAUCUUCAGUGGGUGGCCGUGUUUCUCAGCUGACAUGGCACUUGGGUACUCAGUGUUUCCUUCAAAACUUAUGUGGCGGUUUACUGCUGAGAGCCAAGGGACAGUUUGGGGAGACCAAUGCAACUUGAUAUUUGGUCCUAGCCCAGUAGUGAUUUCAGAAAGGUGCCAUUUUGGGGUAGGGUUGUAUAGUGUAUGGGGUGCCUGGGACUACUGUGCUCCACAAGUCACAGCCUGUCACUGUGGGCACAUCAGUUCCUGUACCACAUCGGCACCUCAGGGGAGUGGGGCGCAGACAGUCAUCAAGGGCCCUUUUUGUUCUGCAGUUCUCUCACAAAACAUUCCCCCUCCACACCCUGUCUGUGAGCCAAUUAAGAAAGUUUCGAGUUGGAUUUAUGAAUACUGACUAAUGGUCUCAUCCAUUCUAAGGGAAGGUGAGAACUUAGUCUCCUGCCCUUUUGGAUUGUGUUUUCUGGGUGAUAGAUGGAGACCAGAUGUAUUUCAGAGA